AUGGCUUCCGACGACUCUCCUCCCUCCAGGUAUCCCCCGUCAAUGGGGCCUGGUGCGCGACCUGUCAAUAAGCCUGGGGAGUCAGAUUCGAGAUCAAAGUUGCUCGAAGUCAUACAGGCAAGGUCCAAAUACCAGGUCUCCGUCGAGCCGGAUACCCUGUCACUGAGCUACGAACUCAAUAAUACUCCCCGUCUCUAUCGACUUUCUUUUGACAAUAUGCCUCUGCAUGGUCUUUCAAGAUGGUGGAUAUAUGGUGGCUCUAUGAGGGCGCGAAGAGCGGGUGUCCUCGCUAUCGACCUCAUACGUGGCUCCGAAAACGUGGUACAAAGGCCCGUCACCCAGCAGGAAGCGGAAGCUCUGGCGUAUUGGACUUCGCGAAGACUCCUCUAUGGCUCCCUCGCCACCUUCGCUGCCUCGACGUUUGGAUUCUACAUGGCUCACAGAGGUCGUGCCAAGAUGAAGUUCCCUUUCGUCUCUGCAAAGCCGUUGGAGCGGUACAACAAGUUCCCUCUGCAACAGAUGCCUCUUAUAACCGGCCAGCUGGCCCAAACGGCCUGGCAGGUCACGAGAUAUGUCAUUUGGAUGGAGCUGUGUUUCCUGGUUGGUACACCUGUCAUUGGUGCUUUGGGUAGUUUCAGCGCGGCGACGGGAAUGGCUACCGAUCCGCGGACUCAAGGCCUUAUCCAAGCAAUGCGCGAAAGAGGCCGUGGCGACAUGAACCGGACACUGUCAAAUUUGCCGGUGGAGUGGCCUCAGCAGCCUCAAGGCCAAGAUGGUAACCGAGAUGCGCAAUCCGAUCCCCAGUCAUAUUACCAAGAUGGUGACGGCGGCGGCUCCCCAGACGGUUCCGCCGCCGAUCGCAACCACGGUGGUGACGCCUUUUACCAGAGUGCAGCGAGUGAUACCGGCACUUUGGAUGAUUCUAGGAUAAGUGACCGCGAAAGGAAACAGCAGCAAGGAUAUUCAACUCCGCAGCCAUCAAGGCAGACGCAGCAGGACACGUCCUCCACCUCUUCAGCAGACGCGGACCCCUUCUUUUUCGACGACGCCUCACCCACAGCCGGAAAUGACCCAGACAUGGCCACGUCUACGCCUUACAAGCGACCAUCAGGCGGAAGUGCCUGGGAGCGCAUACGAAGGGGUAGUGCUCCUCCUGCAGCUACUUCUGACUCUGAUUUCCGCCGCCAACGACUCGAAACCGAACGAGCUCGCGAAGCCCGCGCAAACCCGAUGGCAGAACGGGACUCGGAAAGCAACGAAAGCGUCUAUGACGGCAGAGACACGAGACCUGGGAGGGAUGGACGUGCCAGAGAACAGGCGCAACGGGAGUUUGACCAGAUGCUGGAGAGGGAACGGAGACAGAGCGGGAGCGAGGAGUACGACAGAGGAAUGGCGGCCGUCGAGUCGGCAGAGGACAGACGGGCCGCCGAAGGAAUGAGUGCGUGGGAGAGAAGACGAAGAGGAGAUUGA